AUGUCUGCAAUCUUAUCAACCCCCAACACCAGCACCACGCCUGACCAACCAGGUCACUGGGUCGUCACCGAAUUUGGAACUCCAUCCGUACUGAAAUGGGAAUCCUGGGACCCCAAUUCUGAGUUUUCUGCCGACAAAGUCCUCGUCCGCAUCAUCGUUGUCGGCAUCGCUGGAGUGGACAACAUACAACGAGCAGGUGGAUAUCCCCUCCCACAAACACUCAAACCGGGCUUUACAACGGGAUAUGACUGUGUCGGUGAGGUCGUUGCGCUUGGCGACUCGGUGCCGAGAGAGAGUGGAUUGGCAGUUGGAGACCGAGUUGCCUCCGUGUGCAUUACCGGUGCACAUGCCACUCAUAUUGUCCUGUCGUACACGGAACUUAUCCGCAUUGAACAUACCGAUGAUCCUGUUAAGGUGGCAACUCUGCCGCUUAACUACAUGACGGCCUGGGGCAUGCUCAAGCAUAGCGGAGUCCAACUACCUCCUGGCUCGAGCAUCCUUAUCGGUUCGGCGAGCGGUGGCCUCGGCACUGCUGUUGCGCAGCUAGUCACAGCCUUUGACAUGGAUAUCAAGAUGAUAGGAACUUGCUCGCCCUCUAAAUUCAACUACCUCAGAUCCCUCGGCGUGGAGCCGGUAGACCGCAAUGCGCCCGAUCUUGUCGAGCAGGUUCGGGCGCUGACAGACGGGGAAGGGGUAGACGUUGCGUAUGAUGGGGUUUGCAGCGAGGCUAGUCUCCAAAGGAGCCUCUCUGCGACAAAGGCAGACGUCGGAAGGGUCGUUGUGUUCGGAGUCAUGUCGGAGAUUGCGACGGAUGGAAGUGGGAUGCAGCUAAGCGUGGGGGAGAUCCUCGCAUCGCGGCUGCAACCACGCAUGAGCUUUUAUGGUGUCGAUCUGUAUUACUCCAGUAAUGCUGGACUGGCUGACUUUUACGGCAUUUUGGAAAAGGUUCGGAGCGGGAAGCUGGAGCCGGUUAUUGCUAAGCUGUUUCGGUUGAGUGAGGCUGUGGAAGCACAUGAAGAUCUGAUCUCAGGAAGUAUCGCUAAGGGCAAGAUGCUGUUCAUUGUCGAUGCAGACCUGGCUGCUCAGCAUGAUAUAUAA